AUGAAGAUCUCCCUCGCCUUGUUGAGUUGCCUCGCGGCGGCUCAGGCCCAUUUCGCCUUCCAGCCCAUCCAGCCGCCCUUCAGGGCCGAGGACGACGAGGGCGGACUCGCCAAGCGUGACGCUCUGUAUUUUGAGCAGCUCAUCGACCAUGAUGCUCCUGAAUUGGGAACCUUCCAGCAGCGGUACUGGGUCAAUAGCACCUACUGGAAGGGCCCCGGCUCGCCGAUCAUCGUCUUCACGCCCGGCGAAGUUGCUGCUGAGGCUUACAGCGGAUACCUGACUGACCGCGCACUCACGGGCAGCAUUGCCAAGGCUGUUGGCGGUGCCGUCGUGAUGGUCGAGCACCGUAAUUGGGGCACUUCUCUGCCGUACACCCUCCAAGACACCAAGAACCUCCAGCAGCAUACCAUGACGAACGCCGUCUUCGACCUCACAAACCUGGCCCGCACGGUCGACCUUCCCUUCGACACCAACCACAGCAGCAACGCUCCCCAGGCUCCUUGGAUCUACACCGGCGGAUCGUACUCCGGCAUCCUCGCUGCUGCCAUCUCCAAGUACGCCCCGGGGACCAUCUGGGCCUACCACGCCAGCAGCGGGCCCGUCGAAGCGACAUACGACUACUGGAGCUACUUCCUACCGAUCCAGAACGGCAUGCCCCAGAACUGCAGUCGUGACUUCAACCUCAUGGUCGACCACAUUGACACCGUCCUGACCUCCGGAACCGAGGACGAGAUCUACUCGCUCAAGGAGAAGUUUGGUCUGCAGGAUCUCGCCCACAAGGACGACUUCGCGAGUGCUCUUGUUGGUCCUCUCGGAUACUGGCAGUCCAUCCAGCUGUACUCUGGCUACUCCACCUUCUACGCCAUGUGCGAUGCGGUCGAGGGCGCCACCGGCAACUUCUCGGCACCCAGCGCGGACGGCGUCGGCCUCACCAAGGCACUUGACAACUACGCCAAGUGGUGGAGCUCUGAGUAUCUCCCAGGCACUUGCGCAUCAUACGGCGUCGAAGAGUGGUCGGACCCCAUGAACGUCGCCUGCUUCGACUCGUACAACGCCACCAGCCCCAUCUACACCGACUGGUCUGCCGACAACGCCUUCGGCCGCACCUGGUACUGGAUGACCUGCAACGAGCCCUUCUUCUUCUGGCAGACUGGUGCCCCUCAGGACCGACCCUCCAUCGUCUCCCGCUACGUCACCCCCGAAUACUACCAGCGCCAGUGCGACCUCUUUUUCCCCCCGCAAGGCGACUUCACCUACGCCUCGAACCGCGGCAAGACCGCCGCUGACCUGAACGAGGCGACUGGCGGCUGGUUCUACACCAACACCACUCGUCUGGUGUGGUCGAACGGUGAAUUCGACCCCUGGCGCUCCGCCUCCGUCUCCAGCGAGCUCCGUCCCGGCGGCCCACUCCAGUCCCGCCCCGGCGCGCCGGUCCAUCUCAUCCCCGGCUCCCGCCACUGCAACGAUCUGCUCAUGAGGAACGGUGACGUAAAUGCCGAUAUGAAGGCUGUCAUAACUUCUGAGAUUGAGCAGCUGAAGACGUGGACCGAGGAGUUUUACGCCGGCAAGAACAAGACGAGGCGUGCCUUUUAA